AUGGCUCGCCCGGGCAGUGUUGCUGCUGCUCCCCUCCUCCUGCUGCUCGCCGCCGUUGCAGCAGCGCUCCUAGCCGCGGCGGCCGCGUCGCCGGCGGCGAGCGACUUCGUCCGCAAGUCGUGCCGCGCGACGCAGUACCCGUCGGUGUGCGAGCAGAGCCUGGCGUCGUACGGGGGCUCCCCGCCGCCGCGGAGCCCACGGGAGCUGGCGCGCGCCGCGCUGUCCGUGAGCGCGGACCGCGCGAGCGCCGCGUCGGCCUACGUGGGCCGCCUCUGCGGCUCCGGCUCCGGCCACAAGAAGGGCGCUGCGAGGAAGGGCGGCGCGCCGUCGUCGUCCGCUGCCGGCCCCGUGCGCGACUGCCUGGAGAACCUGGCGGACAGCGUGGGCCACCUCCGCGACGCGGCGCAGGAGAUGGGCGACGCCGGGACGUCCCGGGCCGGGACGCCCGAGUUCAAGUGGCACCUCAGCAACGUGCAGACCUGGUGCAGCGCCGCGCUCACUGACGAGAACAGCUGCCUCGAUGGCCUCUCCUCCCGCGCCAUCGACGCUGGCACGCGCGCCGCCAUCCGCGGCAAGGUCGUCGAGGUGGCGCAGGUCACCAGCAACGCGCUCGCCCUCGUCAACAAGGUCGAGCCAGGCUACUAG